ACUUCCACUACAAGCGCAAUUGGUAACGAUUGUUUUGUUGAAGACCAUACUCUUCGAGUAGUGAACGUAGUUGCCUAAAAAAGUGCGAAAUUAUUUCAAGAAUGUAUUUACUACUAACGUUAUAUUAUAUUACUUAUUCACUGGCUGACCCACCAGCUGCACCUUUGGUCCGCAUUUCUUUGGGAAACAUUCGAGGAUAUCAUAAGUAUUCGCUGGAGGGUCGUAGAUUUUCCGCAUUUGAAGGUAUUCCUUAUGCAGAACCGCCCGUUGGAGAAUUACGAUUUGAGGCACCUCGAAGUGCACGUCCAUGGAAUAAAACCCUGGAUGCCAAUACCUUAUUCGUAUGCUCUCAAACCAGGCAUCCGCUUUUGGAAGAGAAAAAAGCCCAAGAAGACUGCUUAUAUCUUAAUGUCUACGUCCCCAAAGAUCAACCAUCUGAAAACGAUAGCUUUGACGUUGUCGUUAAUAUACAUGGAGGCGCGUUUAUGAAUGGAGACGGUAACCUGGCUCCACCCGGUAUCAUUAUGGAUCGCGACUUUGUAUACGUCAACUUGAACUACAGGGUUGGAGCAUUGGGAUUUCUAAGUGUCGAAGACACAACCGUACCGGGUAAUAAUGGGCUUAAAGAUCAGCAACUGGCACUUCAAUGGAUCCAAACGCAUAUUAAACAAUUCGGAGGCAAUCCUAACUCAGUUACGCUGAUGGGCCAAUCGGCAGGCGGUGCGUCUGUUCAUUUUCACUACUUUUCUCCAAAAUCUAGAGGUUUAUUCCACAAGGGUAUAUCACAAAGUGGCAAUGUACUAAUGCCUUGGGCAAUCCAGGAGGGUGCCUUAAAGGAGGCCAAAAAACUAGCUGCUUUGUUAAAUUGUGAAGAUGCCAACAUACGAAAUAUGAUUUACUGUUUGAAACAGGUUCCCGUUGAAGAGCUUGUUUUAAAAACCAGAGACAUUUACCGAUUUAAUAUUUAUCCAUUGUCUCCGUUUGCACCUGUAGUGGAGGUCGACACAGAUACCUCCUUCAUGACGAAACAUCCAUACCAACAAUUGUUAAGCGGAGAAGUUAAUAACGUCCCAUGGUUAACCUGGAUAACAUCGGAAGAAGGAAUCAUAUUUAGCGCAUUACAACCGCCUGCAUCUUACGCUGAAAUUGAGAAGCACUGGGAUGAAUGGUCGCCCUACAUGUUCGACUACCAAUAUGCUGUGGCUGAAAGCCAGAAAAAGGCGGUCGCCCGAAGAAUUAAGUCUUACUACUUCCAGGACGAGAAACUUUGCCAAGAUAAUAUCAACAAAUUCACUGAUCUGAUGAGUGACCGAUAUUUUAAUGUGGGAUUUGAGCGGGCUGUAAUAAUGCAGGCGAAGUUUGGAAAAUCACCAGUGUACGCCGGGUUAUACAAAUUCAACAAAACUGAGGGUUUAGUCAAAUUGUUUGGUUUAGCUGUUGAGGGAGUCAUGCAUGGGGACGAUGUCGCUUUGUUACACGAUCUGAAACCUAUACGAGAUAUCAAGCUAUCAAAACCUGAAACGGAGAUGAAGAACCUGCUGCUGGACUUUCUUGUGUCGUACGCGAAGAAUGGUAAACCAGGGGCGGAUGGGGUACAUUGGGAGCCUGUGACGCCAGGAAAGUUGAAUUGCUUAUUGAUGCAUGACGCCGAUGACUGUAAUAUGGUGGAAAAUGUCGAAAUUAGUGCCAAAGCUUUUUGGGACAGUUUGGAAUUGAAGGAAAACGGUAACAUUGUACGAAAUGGCACAACCAUACCUAUAAUCUAGAACAGCAGUGAAAUUACCGGUUAGAUGUUCGGCCGGAAAAAUGAUAAGGACAAAAUUUGGCAGCGAUAUUAUGAAAAACAAUUCCGCUGCCAAACGCUAUUAUGUGAAACUUACAUUUUGUUAUGUUUUAUUUCAUUGUUAUGUAUACUGUUACAAUAAAUAUUUUUACAAA